GUAGUACCAGUUAGUUUGGGGAGUAACUUUAUAGGGCACACAGCUGUCAAACGCUCUAGUCUCCACCGGCGUUCAUCUGAGGUAAGGACCUUCCCGGCAGACCCAGCUCCCACCAUGGCAAAGGAUACAGGCUCCGCGUUCAUCCAGCACCAGCAGCUGCAUGCUGCCAUGGCAGACUCCUUCCUGGAGCACACGUGUCUGCUGGACAUCGACUCCGAGCCCACCGUGUCCCGCAACACGGGCAUCAUCUGCACCAUUGGGCCAGCUUCCCGCUCUGUGGAUAUGCUGAAGCAGAUGAUCAAAGCCGGGAUGAACAUUGCUCGUAUGAACUUCUCUCAUGGAACUCAUGAGUACCACGCUGAAACCAUCAAGAAUGUGCGUGAGGCUGCAGCAAGCUUCCAGCCGGGAAGCCUUGAUUACAGACCCAUCGCCGUCGCCUUGGAUACCAAGGGCCCAGAGAUCAGGACUGGACUCAUCAAGGGCAGUGGUGAGAAGGAGGUACAACUCGUCAAGGGCGAGCACAUCAAGCUCACCCUGGAUGAAAAAUACAUGGACAACUGUGAUGAGAAGAACCUGUGGUUGGACUACAAGAACAUCACCAAGGUGGUGCAAAUUGGAAGCCACAUCUUCAUUGAUGACGGCCUCAUCUCUGUCAAGGUUGUGAACAUUGGCAGCGACCACCUUGAGUGUGAGAUUGAGAAUGGUGGUAUGCUUGGCAGCAAGAAGGGUGUGAACUUGCCCGGUGCUGCCGUGGAUCUGCCCGCCGUAUCUGAGAAGGACAAGCAGGAUCUGCUGUUCGGUGUGGAGCAGGGCGUCGACAUGGUGUUCGCCUCCUUCAUCCGCAAGGCCGCCGACGUGCACGCCGUCAGGAAGGUGCUGGGAGACAAGGGCAAGGACAUCAAGAUCAUCAGCAAGCUGGAGAACCAUGAGGGCUGCCGCAGGUUUGACGAGAUCCUGGAGGCCAGUGAUGGCAUCAUGGUUGCCCGCGGUGACAUGGGUAUUGAGAUCCCAACAGAGAAGGUGUUCCUGGCCCAGAAGAUGAUGAUCAGCCGCUCCAACAGACUGGGCAAGCCCAUCACAUGUGCCACACAGAUGUUGGAAAGCAUGAUCAAGAAGCCCCGCCCCACUCGCGCAGAGAGCAGUGAUGUGGCCAACGCCGUACUGGACGGUGCCGACUGCAUCAUGCUGAGUGGUGAGACCGCCAAGGGAGACUACCCUCUGGAGUGCGUCCGUAUGCAGCACAAUAUCGCCCGUGAGGCCGAGGCGGCCAUGUUCCACAGGCAGCUGUUCGAGGAGCUGCGCCGCGUUACCCACCUGACACGUGACCCCACAGAGACCGUUGCCAUCGGCGCCGUCGAGGCCUCCUUCAAGUGCUGCGCCAACGCCAUUAUCGUCCUCACCAAAUCCGGCAGGUCUGCUCACAUGCUGUCCAGAUACCGCCCCCGCGCUCCAAUCAUAGCUGUGACCCGUAACGAGCAGGCCGCCCGCCAGGCUCACCUGUACCGCGGCAUCUACCCAGUCCUCUACACCAAGAAUGCCCACGACGUCUGGGCCGAGGAUGUCGACCUGCGCGUCAACUUCGCCCUGGAGAUAGGCAAGCACCACAAGUUCUUCAAGGCUGGCGAUGUGGUUAUCGUGGUGACUGGCUGGCGUCCAGGCUCCGGUUACACCAACACCAUGCGUGUUGUUCUGGUGCCUUGAACACUCCCCACCCCCCCCCCCACACACACACACACACACACACACACAAAUAAACCAUGUGCCCUUCAGACUCCCCCACCAUGGAACAGAAACACAAUAAAAAUAAGAAACUUG